CCAAGGUCUGGUCUCCACACAAGUCGCUUUGGGUAACUUGGGAUUAGCGGAAAAUGGCCAAAAGAUUCAUUUUGAUUCUCCUCGUGGCCAUCUGGCUGAGUGGUAGUGUCAGCGGACAAAGGGACCACCCACGAGGACGUUCCUUCGAUCCCGAAGCACAUCUCAAGAAUGCCGAGGAGCAGCAGUCGCAAUACUGGGUGGACAAGGCUCAGGCCAAGCUGCUGUCCAAGCUGGCCGAAUCCCAGGCAGCGCACACUAACAAGGCCAAGAAUGUGAUCCUCUUCCUGGGCGAUGGCAUGUCCGUGCACACGGUGACCGCCACUCGGAAUCUGCUGGGCGACAGUGCAGAGCAGGUGUACUUUGAGGGUUUCCCGUACACGGGUCUCUCCAAGACGUACUGCGUCAACAGGCAAGUGGCGGAUUCCGCCUGCACGGCCACCGCUUAUUUGGGCGGCGUUAAAGGAAACUACGGAACCAUUGGCAUAAAUGCGAAUGUUCCGAGGUACAACUGCGAUGGUGAUCGACUGGAGGAGAACCAGGUGCUAAGCAUCGCUCAGUGGGCUCAGGCUGCGGGUAAGAAUGCUGGUCUGGUGACCACCGCUCUUACACAUGCCUCUCCAGCCGGCGUUUAUGCCCACACCGCGGAUCGUAACUGGGAGAAUGACUGGGAGGUGGCCAACAGGAAUUGUGAUCCCGAGAAGACACUUGAUAUUGCCCGCCAGCUGGUGGAGCAACCGGUGGGUCAGGGUCUCAAGGUGAUCCUCGGCGGUGGGCGGCAGAACUUUAUCAAUACCACCGUGAACGAUGAGGAGGGUUAUCCUGGUUAUAGAACCGAUGGGCGUCACUUGAUCCGCGACUGGUUGGCCCACAAACAGGAAGCUAAUGUCUCUGCCAAUUAUGUGUGGAGUCGCAAGGGUCUUAGCCUGGUGGAUCUGGACAAAACGGACUAUUUGCUAGGUCUCUUUGCCAGCUCUCACUUGCCCUACAAUGGAGACAGGAACCGGAAACGCAGCCAGUUGGCGGAUCCUUCGCUGAGCGAGCUAACGGAAGCCGCCAUUAAGGUUCUGCGACGCAAUGACGAGGGAUUCUUCCUGUUCGUCGAGGGCGCCCGCAUUGACAUGGCUCAUCAUGACACCUACGCUAGGAGAUCCCUUGAGGACACCGCCGAGUUUGCCAGCUGUGGCAAGUGGCUCGUGAACUGACCUGAGGAGGAUACCCUAAUUGUGGUCACUGCCGAUCAUGGACAUGUCAUGUCUAUCAAUGGAUAUCCGGUGAGGAGGGAUGAGCCUGAAAAAAACUUACUAUUACUGAUUAUCUUUUUCUUAUUGCA